CACUGUUCUGGAUUAGUUGAGGGAGAGUUGGUGGUGAAGCGCAAGAUGGUGGUGAAAUUGGCACUGGUGCUUUUGCUCAUGAGUUACUACGCAGUUUAUGGUUUGCCAGGUCAGGGCUUCCCUUUUGAUUAUGAUGUGAAUGACACUGAGGUUCUGUGGGAUGAGAUGGAGCGAUUGGGGUUUGAUGAUGCAUCUAAACCCAAGGUCAGAUCUCAUUCUCAAAUUACAGACACUCUCAUGUUGAAACAUUCUCAUAAGCCAGACUAUUUGAAGCUACCAGAAUACAUCCCUAUUCGCGCUUCUGAGGACCAAGCAUACCUCUUCAAGCCUGAAGGGAACUUCAGGCCGCUGCCCCACUCCGUCAAGCACAUCCUGCUGCCCACCACACCUCCGACGACCACUCCUCCAUUUCACUCUAAGAAGAUUGAGGUCCUGUGCCACCUUGACAGGAUUUAUGUGAGAAUUAGAAAGGACGCCUUAACCAACCCCAACGCCUGCAAGUACCUCAAACUCCACAACUGCACUGUCAACAAAUCCACAGCUGAACACCACUACAUGCUCUACAACAUCAAAAGCUGUGGCUUCCACAGAAAGUGUACCGCUGACUAUAUUUCAUACUCUAACGUGCUGAAGUAUGAGCCAGAGGCUAUCGGCGGUAUUGUGAGGGAGUUGCCAUUCUCUAUUUACCUUGAAUGCCGCUACAAUCGGAUCCACCACUCUUACAAGGUUGGCUUUCAUCCUCGUUUGGAGGGAAGAAAAGUCUUCAAGGCCCUUAAAUCCAAGGCCGGUGUCACGCUCACACCUUAUGAUGAUUCAUGGAACAUGCUCACUGCAGAUAAAAGCUAUAUCCUGGGACAACCAAUGUACUUUGAGGCCAAAGUUCCCACUAUUUCUAGGCAUCGGCGGGUGUAUGUUAACAACUGUUAUGUGACUGCGAGCCCCAACCCUAGAUCCACUCCCAAAUACAGUGUGGUCGAUAACUAUGGAUGCAUGGUGGAUGGCAAGAAUACUGUCCAGUCAAAGUUCCUGUCACAUACCACCAACGGUCUGAGGUUCAGUGUCGGAGCCUUCAUCUUCCAGGAACUGGACAAUCAGCAGAAACUCUACUUGCACUGUAAAAUAACUACUGGGAAUGUCACACCAACUCCGAGUUCCAAAUCCUGCAACUAUGACACAAAGACUAAAAAAUGGAUUGAACUGUGUGGUGACGCUGCGGUUUGCUCCUGCUGUGUCAGCUCUUGUCCUUCUCCACAACCAUCCGCUCACGCGCGGACUGUGACCAGUCAUAUUCUGACGAUUGACCAUGGCAAAAAUGGCAUGGUAGAGGCACAUGCUAAAAAUGGAGCAUGAAGACCUUCAAGGAUGGGGCUACUAAAGGUGCUGUUGGAAGGAUUUAAUGAGAAGUGGACAAUUUGUUUGAUAAAAUAAACUUUUUUAAACUAU